AACGCAGCAUAAACCAGCCAUUUGGAAAAGAUGAAAUUCUACGACUAUUUAAAAUACCAGUGAAGUACAAGUGGAAUCGCGUUUAUGAUUCAGAAUGGCUGCCGCCAGAACUUUGAAGUCGUUUUCCUCAAAAUGGUCAUUUUUUCAAGUUUCACUCUUUUGCCUGGACAGGGCCAAGACACUUCACAGAGACAAUGACUUUGCCGACAAAACUAAACAAUGGGGGUUGUGACACUACCGACACCCCCUUUCUAGUGACGCCUGUGGCUCUGUUUUGUUGCUUGUAUCAACUUUUCUAACGUAAAAUCUGACUGGCUGAGGAACCAUCCACUCCACAGCGACUGCCCAUUCGCAUCAAUUUGUUGAAUGCAGGCAUGCACUGAUUGGCCAAUGCAAACGCCGUCUAUUACUUACAAUCUACAUAAUUGCUGGCAGAGAUGACUAUCGGCGUGGUUAUAGGGCAGCUUGCUCGGAAAAUCUGCUGAUAAAUGUGAAUCAACGUUAACAGCUCACCUUGUCGAACGUCGCUGUGAAUUAAAACUCUUCGCAAUGUACAGGCUCUUGUUGCUAGCUUUGCUGGUGUCGCUUGGUUCCUGCACUCUGCUGGAUAAAGACGUAGGGAUGCUGGAAGAUCUGGAGGAUCUCCUACUCAAAGAUGAAAACAUGAAAGGCUACUCGAACCAGAAAAAUGGUCGAACCCCUUUCGGCCUGUGGAAUCAAUUCAACAGUGCCAGAAGAUCGCCCAUGAACAGGAAAAAACUUCAGGCGUAUCUCAAAAUGCUCGAGGAAAGAGAACGCACAUUUACAAGAGUGCUUUCAACCGAGGACAUAGAAAGCCGCAUCGCUGAGAUCAAGCACACCUUGGAGACAAGGCAAACGUGUGCCACUACAACUCCUCAGUACCGAACGAUUGACGGCUCAUGUAACAAUAUUGCUAAACCAGAACAAGGCGCCGCAGAAACACUGUUGAUCCGGGUAGUGGACAACGCUUAUGAUGACGGUCUUUCCAAACCGCGCACGAAGUCGGUAGCUGGCGGUCCGCUGCCCAACGCUCGGAACGCGUCUCGCGCAGUCUUUGACAACAGAGAGACGACACUAUCUGAUUUAACGACGCUGGCAAUGCAUUUUGGACAGCUGACCGACCACGACCUGACAGCGGUACACACCCCAAGUGACGUCAACUGUUCUGAUUGUUCCGUGGACGGGGAGUGUUUCUCAAUCCUCAUCAACAACGCGGACCCUGUCUUUGGCGGGGUCCAAGCCUGCUUCCCUUUCGUCAGGUCGAAUUUUGAGACGGACUCUUCUGGCGUCCGUCAGCACAUUAACUCCAUCACCGGCUACCUGGACGCGUCGUUCGUGUACGGCUCGGACGACGCCUCUGCACUUGACCUGAUUGACAGUAAUGGAUUCUUGUUACACGACACCGACGGUGUAACUGGCCGCCAGUUGCUUCCCCCCGAUGUAGACCUUGAUCUUUGCGCCGGGGUCAACGAAACUGAGGGUAUUUAUUGCGGCAAAGCCGGUGACGGUCGCGCCCCUGAGCAACCUGGCUUGACCGCCCUGCACACUCUCUUCUUGCGGGAACAUAACCGCGUCGCCGACGCCCUCCUAAGCCUCGACUCGACUCUGAGUCCGUUUAACGUCUACCAGACAGCCCGUAAGAUCGUCGGGGCCGAGUGGCAGCACAUUGUCUACAACGAGUUCUUGCCGCUGAUCGUUGGGGCAGACUUGUACGCGUCCGAGGGGCUUUCGCCAGACUCAACGUACGCGUACAACCCGGCCGUGGACGCAUCCAGCGCCAACGUGUUUGCUGCCGCCGCGUUCCGCUUCGGUCAUACUCUGGUGCCGUUCGACAUCACUCGUGUCAACAGGAAUUACAGGCCGCGAUUCGACGAGAUCAAACUCACCGAGGCAUUCUUCAACGCCACAUACAUAUACGAUGAAUCCAUUCCCGAUGGAGCCGUCGAUUCCAUUCUGAGGGGUAUGACGGUUCAGAAUUCGCAAAAGGUGGACAGGCAUUUCUCGGACGCCAUCACAGACAACCUAUUCGGUGACCCCGAUAAGGAAGGAGACGGUUUUGAUUUGACAGCGCUGAAUAUUCAGCGAGCACGUGACCACGGUUUACCGGGCUACACCACCAUCAGAAAGGACUUCUGUGAACUCGGCGAGAUUAAUAGUUUCCGGGACCUUUUCGACGACGGCGUCAUGACACGACAAAACUUCAGGAAUCUGAGAGAUACAUAUGCUGACGUAAGGGACAUAGAUGCUUUCGUGGGCUUCGUCCUCGAGAAACCUCUCCCUAACGCCUUGGUCGGACCGACUCUAGCCUGCAUCUUCGCCGAUCAGUUCCGCCGACUGAAAUUCGGCGACCGUUUCUUUUACCAGAGCUUGGGUCAGUUCACUCCAGCGCAAAUACAAGAGAUCGAAAAAGCCAGCAUGGCCAGAUUGCUUUGUGAUAACGUCGAGGCAGUCGAUGAAAUCCAACCGUACAUAUUCAUGAAGGCUAGAAAUUUUGGGAACUUGGAGAGACGUCAACAGGGAAAAAGAGGACCGUACACCUCCUUCUACGAGUACAGCAGGUCUGGUGCCUGGCCGCAUAAACGAGAAACUGUACUGGAGGGAUUGGAUAACAGGAGAGUGUCCUGCACCGCGACCUCGGGUGAGAUACCUGUGGUGGACCUCUCCAAGUUCGUUUAGACAACACGCCGGUCGAAGCACAUAUUAUGCUUGAAAAGAAUAUCAAAGAAUCGAAAGAAAGCGACUAGUUUAAGUCAUAUAAACUGAAGGGUGAAGGGUUUCAGGGUAUGGUGCUUUUGCAUUUAUGUAGUUUUCAGGGAACAAACAGAACACUUAUUGAAUAACUUUAAAUGGCUUCUAGAUGGGAACCAACAAUGUUGGGGGAGGUCAAUGAAAUCCCCUUCAAGAAAUGGAAUAAAUUAGUUCUGACAUCUUCAGUCAGGUAGAUGCACGCACAUUCAGUGCAAUAUUUGGUAUUAGUAUGAUUUGUGCAGAAUUGCCUGUUGUGUAUUUGUAAACGCGCAGGUAACAUGUUAAAGCAGCGUGUACGUGGGUAAUUUCAAGGGUUUUCUAAUAACAUUAGUUUUACAGAAUGGUGGAGUUUAUUUUAAUUUAAUUUAGUCUGUACCUUUAAGUUUAGAAGCAAAUUUGGUGUUGUUCUAUUUACAUUGUUGUUGCUCUGUUUUGCCCUACAACUUCGUUUAUGGAUAAAUGCACAUUUGAUGUAAUUGUUUGUUCACCAAUUAUUGAGUUACAUUCAUUGCACACAGUUUAUCGAUCUGAUGUUCACACAGACAUACACUGACUGUUGUGUUAGUUGGAGGUCAUAUUUUUGACGUUUAUCGGAAACUAAUAAUGUUAAUUGAGGUGAAGGUUUAUUCAAAGAUCGCACGACAUAUUUACCCAUUUUUAGUUUUUUCGCAGCAUUCUUUAAAGAUAAGUCACUUUACAAAAGAGACCACAAGGAAAAAUUACGUUUAAUACAGAAGCAAUAGAGAUAUUUCUGAAGGUUUUUAUCUAGCGUAUUGAUAAAAAUUUACAUCCUUGCACAUUUUAUUCUUACUGUGACAGACUUAACCUUGUCUAUAAUAUUCAUACAGUAAUGACAAGGUUUUCGUUAAAAUGGUUACAUAAUUCCAAUACAAUCGUUUCCUUUCAAUAAAUAUAUGAACGAGCUCUC